GGUGAAGACGGCGAGUCAAACUAAAUGAGAGCAUUAAAAGAUUGUUUUCAUGAAUUAAAACAGAGAUAAAGCUGCCAGAGUCGACUCACCUUUACUGGAUUCAAGUUUUAAUCAGCAAUGGAAGAGAGGGACGGAGCUGCACCCCCUGUCUCAAUGGAAAUCUCAGUACAAGAUCAGCAAGUUCCCCCGCCCAGUCCCGAGUCCUCACCUGCUUCUGCAGAUGAUCUACUGACAGAUGAACCUCAGACUAGAGCAGACUUCUUACAAUAUUAUGUUUACCUCACCCUAGACCCAAACACAGCAUACAGAGAGCUGGUUCUGUCUGAGAGCAACAGAAAGGCGGAGCACACACUUUUAGUCCAGGACUACCCCGAACACCCAGACCGGUUCUCUCACCUCUACCAGGUGCUGUGUAAGGAGGGCCUGUCUGGACGCUGUUACUGGGAGGUGGAGUUCGAAGAUUCUGUUGAAGUGGCGGUGUCUUACAAAGAUAUCGGCAGAUCCGAUUACUAUCACGAGUGUGCGUUCGGCUGUAACGACAAAUCCUGGAGCUUAGACAUAAACCCGAACAACAGAUGUUUCAGACACAAUGAUGAGGAGACCGAGGUGCCGGAGCCUCAGUCCUCAAGAGUCGGUGUGUACCUUGAUUAUAAGAAAGGAAGUCUGACCUUCUACUGCGUCUGUGACACAAUGAUGCAGCUGAUGCACAGAGAAGAAACCACGUUCACAAAGCCGCUCUACCCUGGGCUGUAUGUCGCAUUCACCGCACAGCUGUGCGACCUUGAGUAGAAGUUCAACCAAAAACUGGCCUGCAGCAAUCUAUUUUUCUCGAAUGUGCAAUAUCUGUCAAAUACAAAAUACUCUCAGGAAAAAGACAAAAACAAAGCAAACAAAAAAAGGUGCAAAUAAUUAAUUCAUAUAAUGUAUGUAUGUGUAUAUGUCUUAAAUUGUAAUUCUUGCUUCUUCUUUUAUUUAUCUCUAGACCUUUUAAACUCCCCCCUCUUUAUCUUAAGCUGCUGUGAUGACUGAAAUUCACUGCACUGCUGGAUAAUUAAAGUCUUAUCUUAUCUUAAGUUAUCCAUUCUGCCACAUAGAUGCCAUUUGAGAUGCCCAAAUGCUAGAUAAACAUGAUAAAGGGCCCUUUAAAAAUGCCCUUCCAGUGGAUAAAAAGUAAUUCUGUGGGCUGCCCUACAUGCUAAAAACGGUCUCCGCAUUGGUGCCCCACCACAUGCAGCAGGUGCCCAUUUUAUUUUUGUUGCCCCUGUCCCUCAGACAGCCUGCAUCCACCACUGCAUGACUGCAAAUCUGGGUCCACUGGUGAUAAUUCACAGCAGCAGAGAUGAGCUUUUAUUGCUUUCAGAAGGAGUGGGAAUGACACAAAAUAGUGGUGCCCCAAUGAGAUGAAAUCACUUAGAGCAAAUCAAGUCAUAUCAUUUAUUAUAAUUAAUAAUUAUUUAUGAUAAUUAUUAAUAAUUCUGAUAGCCAUCUAACCACACUUUUGAACCGUGACAUCCACACAAGCAUUGCUCAGGUUCAUCCUUACAUAUAUGAUAUCCUUAUGGGAGGGAUAGCAUUUAUUAUAACGCCCUUUUAUUUACAUAUUUGACGCCCUGUGUAAGGUAUCAUUUAUUCAUUAAAGAGGCAUCCUUAAUUCCCAACAUACCUCCAAAACCCCACAUCCUAUUUACCCUCACUCUCCCCCUAUCGACAAACUCGAAGACCCACCGACUGCCACCUCCCCCACCAUCCCUCUGACUCCCACCUCGGCUAUCAACAUCCCCAUCUACAAACCCAACUAUCACCUUGUCCGACCCAACAAGAAAGUCCAGGACUGGUUUUUCAGAUGCCGAAAACCCAUUGUCAUUCUCGGAGAUUCCAACAUCAAUCGAAUCACAGGCCACAACAACGCCCACAUACAACUUGACAGCUACCCAGGUGCCAAUGCAUAGCAUUUCCUUAAGAUCUGUGAAAAAUCCCUCUUUUCAAUUGGUAUCAACAAUAAAGAUCAGGACCCCAGGCAAACAACCAUCAAACAACUUAAAGCCCUCUUCCGUCUAUGUAAGUCAACCUUUCCCAAUGCAGACAUCUAUUUUCCGAUCAUGAUCAUUAUUAUUAUUAUCUCACACUCACACAACAAACUAACCUCAAACUCAUCAACAACACCAUGGCUACACACUUCCCAUUUCUCACAGAUUUCCACGACACAUUUUUUACAGAAAAGGACAACAUUAACUGGACCACUGCUACUGCUGAGGCUAUCUUUGAGAAUUGAUGUCAUCCCCUAAAUUUAAACUAAACAAUAAACCCAACCAGGACAACCACUCACAAACCACACAUAUUCAGGACCUGGGUGUAAUGCCCCGUCUAAUAUAUUGAAUCUGGCCACCCUUUUCACUCCAUCUACUUCACAGAUAUCCCUACUGGAGAAGGGUCUCUCCUUCAUUCUACGCCCCACUAAAUUGGACCGGGAGGAACUUCAAAGGGACCUACAUAAUUUCCAUAGCUGAUUGAAACUCAGAGAUUAUUUCCACCCCAAUACAAAUCACCAACACAUUCCAUUCACUCACCGCUCACAUUGGGAACCGGACAAUGAUGUACUUAAGCACCAGCUCACAAAAACCAUCAUCGCCAAUAGACAGACCCUGCAAUGAUAUCGGCCCUCGGCAGAUGUCCCGGACAAUCUGUCGGAGGGCGAGCGGAGGCCUGUUAGAAAUAAUCUGUUAUUCUGUCUCUGUUUUCUGUCUCUGUUUUCUUUCUCUGUUGUUUGUCUCUGUGUAUUGGGGUCACUAUCUGUGUGACGAAGGUCUCUAUCAAAUGCAUGCGUAAUUCACUAACUUUGUGUGUGCCCUCUCUCUUUGCAAUUAUGGAUUAAUCAUGCAAUAUGCUUUUGAUACAAUGACUAUGAUUGUGUGUUAAUAUUGGUCUAGAAACUGUGAUUACUUAUAUACAUAUAUUCCAUUUGCUUAAACUGAUUAAGAUUCUAUAAUCACAAAAAAUUAUAUUUUAUGUUUCAUAUUUUAGAUUUCAUGUGGACAUUGCAAAAUCUGUGUCUCAAAUAAUAUCUCUGUAAAUCAUAACAAGGCAGGAAGUUUGUUUUAACAAGUUUUGAUAACAGGUCAGGACACGGACUUGGUGUCCUGGGCAGAGGAGAUUACUGUUUUCUCUGCUUGGUGACAUGACGUGUCCACGUAUGCAAAAAACUGACAAAUCAGCGGUUCGAGAGGGAUCCUUCUUCUGGAAACCUUCUGGAGAGAUUCUACCGACAUUAUCAGAUGAAAAAAACUGGUUUCAGGGACAGAAGGGGGGUCCAACCUCCAUGAACUGACCAGCCUGUCAUGUCAGGGAUGUGUGGAUUGAACCCAGGGAGUCUGUAACUGCACAUUUCUUGACGUAUUGUAAUA